AGUGUUUGCUACGCGCCAGCCCUGGCUUACAUUACGAGGAAUUAAAGAAAAUAAAUUGCACAAAUUGACAAGAAAGACAUUGCGAAUUGUUAAACUAAAGCCUUGUUAAAUUAGCAGAUAUAUCCAACAGUAAUCGGGCCAAAUGCCGUACAUAAUCAUACGGGGGAACCUAGCCUCCUACAGCCACAAAUAUCCAUGGAGGGUGCUCGUCUCUGGGUUGAAAGCUGACGACAUCGAGCAGUUGAACAAGUUCUCCUGCGGCGGCUACAGCGACGAGUCCACCAUCGUCUACCUAGUACAUCCUUGUCGGAUUCUAUCGGCGCUAGAAAUCCUGGGAUUUCGCGUGGUGGCCAGCUCAUCGACUGCAGUGAAGCAGGACUACAACGAGUAUAUGUGGACGAUGCGCAAGGAGUUCGACGAACCAGAACCCUUGGAAGCCGAGUCCGUAGUGCGAGAGAAUCUAUCGAAUAUUGGCCGGGAGGCAGCCAGUUUAGGCAACUAUCACAAGGUGGAUUCACCUGAAUAGGGGGAUACAAUCCAAAACAAAAAAACAGCAAUCAACCAAGAACUCAACUCUAGUUGUAUAAUUUAGUGUGUGUGAAUUGUGUGCGUGUUUCGGUGUGAAAAAACUAUAGUAACCUAGGGAAUUCUGUUCCAAAACAUACUCUGAGCGAAAAAGGCGACCAAGCGAGUCCCCGAAGACGAACGAACUAUGAGUGAGGGCGCAGCCGGGCUGAAGGAACCUCAGAAUCUCAACUGCGAAGUAGCUUCGACGGUCGUGUCCGCGGGAUCGGCUGUAUCUCUGAACACCGCCACCGCCAACGUACCGGCCAAUGUGGUGACCAUUCCGGUGCCCAUUCUGCAAUCGGAGGGCAACUUCGCCUACGUGACCGUCAAGGGAUCACUGCACGACUAUACCUGCACCAUUUUUGGUUUGAAUCAGGCGGAAGUUCAAGCCCUGUCCAAGCGCUUCGAGAGCGGAGUUAAGGCGUGCGUCAAUGGUAUUAUGGUGGCCGUGCCGCCCAUGGUUAUGCUGAACACUCUGGCCCAGCUAAGCUACAAGGUUGUCUGCAGUUGCGGCGAAGCCGAGAUUUGUUGGACCAUGCAGCGUGAGGUCUAAUUCGUUGGAUGAGAUCACACUGUCAUAUCGUCAAACAUCAGGCACCUGGAAACGAAAGCAAAAGGAAAGGAAAGGAAUUCGUCAUUGUAGAGAAAAUCUCAAACUAAUCAGCAGGCUAAAAUGGAUCCACAUAGUGCGGACAACUGCAAGUGCCACAAGCAGACGCAGCCGGCACAGCAGACGUUAAGUGACAUGGACUUCGAUCGAGGCAUCUGGAAUGCAGCUAUCUAUAACGAAGUGGAGCGUGUAAGGGAGUUUAUCAAGAAGGGUCAGUCGAUGGCUCGGGACGACUGCGACUACACCGCUCUGCACUAUGCGGCCCGCAAUGGGAACGAGCCCAUCUGCAAGCUGCUUCUCGACGAGGGCAAGGCAGACGUGAAUGCUGUGACCAAGGCUGGAGCUACCGCGCUGCAUCGUGCAGCCAUGAUGGGCCACUUGGAAAUUGUGAAGGUACUGGUCGAGCACAAGGCUGAUCUCCUUCUGCAGGACGAGUGCGGGCAGACUGCAUUGCAUCGGGCAGCGAUGCGGGGCCACCUGGAGGUGUGUCGCUUUCUGCUGGCAAAGGAGCCGACUCUUAAACUGGUUAAGGAUAAAAAGGACAAAAUUGCAUUUGAGUACAUCAUGGAGAACGCCAAUGAUGACUUUAAGCUGCUGCUGAAGCCCUAAAAGGGCUUGUCAUUUCCCAAUCGUUCAACAUAUUUGUAUUCUUUAUGGUUUAAAUAUCUUUGUUUAUUGAGUCUGUUAACACGUUUUCUAUAAAAUUGCACGCGAUAUCGUUGUAAAAUCCUACUUAAAAAUUGCAUACGUCCUUUGUUUGCAUUAUGUGCGAGAUCGAUCGUAUAUGGGAAAGUAAUCUUAACGUUUGCGUAGUCAAAUAACUUAGUGGAUACAUUGUUUAAAUCAUCUAUAUAGACUAUAUACAUGCCUAGUAAACAUAAAAUGUGCAAGUAAUUUAGACAAAGAACAAAAUCUUGGUGCCCAACAGAAUGUGUACACAGAAGUCGAUUUGAAAAAUUCGAGAUUUGCGUGGAUAUUCUGUUCUAAAUUUGUAAUACAUCGUAAGAAAAUUAAUAUCACAUUGGAGUCGUGUAUCAAAGUUGUUAAUCAAUCUGGUGUUGAAAAAUUAAGGAAAACCUUACACAACCUUCCUACACACUCGUCGCCAAUUUACAAAAACUAUACGCUACUUAUCAUAUAGCAAACAUAUAAAACCUAUAUAAUCUGAAUAAAUUCCUAAAGCGCAAUCAAUC